UGCGCGGCUGCAGCAGAAGCCGCCCCGCCGCGGAGCCCGAGCGGAGGCACAGCCGCACUGCCGCUGACUUUUACCGGCAAGGUCAUGCACUGACCGGCUCCCAGCCCUUCCCACCCACCGCUGCAGUGCGCGCAGGGGGCCUGGGUGGCCGGGACGGCGCUGUGCUCUGCAGGGGCCGCUCCGGGCGGCGGAGGGGGGGUGAGAGAAGCGGGGCUCUGGGAUGAGCAGAGUUCCCUCCUCCUGCCCUUGGCGCUGUCAGAGGAGAGGCCGGGAGGCGGCUGCGGCGGUCGCAGGCAGACACCGGGCAGCAGGGCUGGGGAGAGCAAAGUGACAGCGAGAAGGAGACCAGGAGCAGGAAGAUGGCUUCCCCCACCUCCCCCGGGCCGGGAGGCGGGUCCUCUCCCCCCGCCGGCCAGGCACGCAUUCGCCAGUCUGACAGCAAUGCGAGCUUUCUUCGAGCUGCCAGAGCUGGCAAUCUGGACAAAGUAGUGGAAUAUCUGAAGGGUGGAAUAGACAUUAACACAUGUAAUCAGAAUGGACUCAAUGCCCUACACCUGGCUGCCAAAGAAGGCCAUGUGGGACUGGUACAGGAGUUACUGGAAAGAGGGUCAGCAGUGGAUUCAGCUACUAAGAAAGGGAAUACAGCCCUACACAUUGCAUCCUUGGCCGGACAGGCUGAAGUUGUCAAAGUUCUGGUUAAGGAAGGAGCCAAUAUUAAUGCACAAUCUCAGAAUGGUUUCACUCCUUUAUACAUGGCAGCUCAAGAGAACCACAUUGAUGUGGUAAAAUAUCUGCUGGAAAAUGGAGCCAACCAGAGCACUGCUACUGAGGAUGGCUUCACCCCGCUAGCUGUUGCACUGCAGCAGGGACACAAUCAGGCAGUGGCCGUCCUCCUAGAGAAUGACACCAAGGGGAAAGUGAGACUUCCAGCUUUGCACAUCGCUGCCAGGAAAGAUGAUACAAAAUCAGCAGCACUCCUGCUCCAAAAUGACCACAAUGCUGAUGUUCAGUCCAAGAUGAUGGUGAAUAGAACAACUGAGAGUGGCUUCACACCUUUGCACAUAGCUGCACACUAUGGAAAUGUCAAUGUGGCGACACUUCUGCUCAACCGAGGAGCUGCAGUGGACUUCACAGCCAGGAAUGGAAUCACCCCACUGCAUGUGGCUUCCAAAAGGGGAAACACAAACAUGGUGAAGCUUUUGUUGGAUCGUGGAGGGCAGAUCGAUGCCAAAACCAGGGAUGGAUUGACUCCACUCCACUGUGCCGCACGAAGUGGGCAUGACCAGGUUGUAGAGCUCCUCCUGGAACGGGGUGCCCCACUGCUUGCAAGGACCAAGAAUGGACUCUCUCCGCUUCACAUGGCUGCUCAGGGUGACCACGUGGAAUGUGUCAAACAUCUACUGCAGCACAAAGCUCCUGUUGAUGAUGUCACACUGGAUUACCUGACUGCCCUACAUGUUGCUGCACACUGUGGUCAUUAUCGUGUCACCAAGCUUCUGCUGGACAAGAGAGCAAAUCCCAAUGCUCGAGCCCUGAAUGGUUUUACUCCACUGCACAUUGCCUGCAAGAAAAAUCGCAUCAAAGUCAUGGAACUCCUGGUGAAAUAUGGGGCUUCAAUCCAGGCUAUAACAGAGUCUGGCCUCACACCAAUACAUGUGGCUGCAUUUAUGGGCCACUUGAAUAUAGUCCUCCUCCUGCUGCAGAAUGGAGCCUCUCCAGAUGUCACUAACAUUCGUGGGGAGACUGCCCUACACAUGGCGGCACGUGCUGGGCAGGUGGAAGUGGUCCGCUGCCUCUUGAGGAAUGGUGCCCUUGUCGAUGCCCGAGCCAGGGAGGAACAGACUCCACUGCACAUUGCCUCUCGGUUGGGUAAAACAGAGAUUGUCCAACUGCUGCUACAACACAUGGCUCACCCUGACGCCGCAACCACUAAUGGGUACACCCCACUGCACAUCUCUGCCAGAGAGGGGCAAGUUGAUGUAGCAUCGGUUCUCUUGGAGGCAGGUGCUGCACACUCUUUGGCCACCAAGAAGGGAUUCACACCACUGCAUGUGGCAGCCAAGUAUGGAAGCUUGGAUGUGGCAAAACUACUUUUGCAGCGUCGUGCUUCUCCUGAUUCAGCUGGCAAGAAUGGCCUCACCCCACUCCAUGUAGCUGCUCACUAUGACAACCAGAAGGUGGCUCUGCUGUUGCUGGAGAAAGGUGCCUCUCCCCAUGCUACUGCCAAGAAUGGAUACACCCCUCUGCACAUUGCUGCCAAGAAGAAUCAGAUGCAGAUAGCUACCACGCUGCUGAGCUACGGAGCUGAGACCAACAUUCUGACCAAACAGGGAGUGACCCCGCUGCACCUGGCCUCUCAAGAAGGUCAUGCUGACAUGGUUACCUUGCUCCUGGACAAAGGAUCUAAUAUCCAUGUGGCAACUAAGAGUGGAUUGACAUCCUUGCACCUUGCAGCUCAGGAGGAUAAAGUGAACGUAGCUGAUAUACUGACAAAGCAGGGUGCAAACCAAGAUGCCCAGACAAAGCUAGGCUACACUCCUUUAAUUGUGGCUUGUCACUAUGGAAACGUCAAGAUGGUGAAUUUCCUCCUGAAGCAGGGAGCCAACGUCAAUGCUAAAACAAAGAAUGGCUACACCCCUCUGCACCAAGCUGCUCAACAGGGUCACACUCAUAUCAUCAAUGUUCUACUCCAGCAUGGGGCCAAGCCCAAUGCCAUCACUGCUAAUGGUAACACUGCCUUAGCGAUUGCAAGGCGUUUGGGAUACAUCUCAGUGGUUGAUACUCUGAAGGUGGUAACAGAGGAGGUCACCACCACCACAACUACUGUGACUGAGAAACACAAACUGAAUGUACCUGAGACGAUGACUGAGGUCCUAGAUGUUUCAGAUGAGGAAGCCUUUAAACACUCUGAUGAUGAACGCCUCAGUGAUGGGGAAGCAUAUAGUGGCACAGGUGCUGUUAGAAGGAGUUCUUGGAGUGACGACACAAUGACUGGAGAUGGGGGAGAAUACCUCAGGCCAGAGGACUUGAAAGAACUAGGUGAUGACUCUUUGCCCAGCAGCCAGUUCCUAGAUGGUAUGAACUAUCUGAGGUACAGCUUGGAGGGAGGCCGAUCUGACAGCCUGCGGUCCUUCAGUUCAGACAGGUCCCACACGUUGAGCCAUGCCUCCUACCUGAGGGACAGUGCCAUGAUCGAUGAUACUGUCAUAAUCCCCAGCCACCAGGUAUCAACUCUGGCCAAGGAAGCUGAAAGGAAUUCGUAUCGCUUAAGCUGGGGCACUGAAAAUUUGGACAAUGUGGCGCUUUCUUCGAGCCCUAUUCAUUCAGGCUGCCUGUCUGCAAAAAAGGAGAUUGGAUCAUUGCUAACAAGCCGCUCCUCUCCAUGCCUUGAUCAUGACAACAGCAGCUUCCUGGUUAGCUUCAUGGUGGAUGCCCGUGGUGGCGCCAUGCGAGGUUGCAGACACAACGGGUUAAGGAUCAUUAUUCCGCCUCGGAAAUGCACUGCCCCAACACGAGUAACCUGCCGGUUGGUCAAACGUCAUAGACUGGCCACCAUGCCGCCGAUGGUGGAAGGAGAAGGUCUGGCCAGCCGCCUGAUUGAAGUUGGACCUUCUGGUGCUCAGUUUCUUGGUAAACUUCAUCUGCCUACGGCUCCUCCCCCACUUAAUGAGGGAGAAAGCUUGGUCAGCCGAAUCCUUCAGCUGGGGCCUCCUGGGACCAAAUUCCUUGGGCCUGUGAUCGUGGAGAUCCCCCAUUUUGCAGCUCUGCGUGGGAAAGAGAGAGAGCUGGUAAUCCUGCGCAGUGAGAAUGGGGACAGCUGGAAGGAGCAUUUCUGUGAAUAUACCGAGGAUGAACUGAAUGAAAUCCUCAAUGGAAUGGAUGAAGUACUUGACACUCCGGAGGAGCUUGAGAAGAAGCGUAUCUGCCGUAUCAUCACCAGGGAUUUCCCACAGUAUUUUGCAGUGGUGUCCCGGAUCAAACAGGACAGCAACCUCAUUGGACCUGAGGGAGGCGUGCUUAGCAGCACUGUAGUACCACAAGUGCAGGCAGUCUUUCCAGAAGGAGCACUAACCAAGCGAAUUCGUGUCGGCCUCCAGGCCCAACCUAUGCACAAUGAACUUAUAAGGAAGAUUUUAGGGAACAAGGCAACCUUCAGCCCUAUAGUCACCCUGGAGCCAAGAAGGAGGAAAUUCCACAAGCCAAUCACAAUGACUAUUCCUGUCCCCAAAGCCUCCAGUGAUGGGAUGAUGAAUGGUUAUGGGGGAGAAACACCCACUUUAAGAUUACUAUGCAGCAUAACAGGUGGAACUACCCCUGCUCAAUGGGAGGAUAUUACAGGAACAACACCAUUAACGUUUGUCAAUGAAUGUGUUUCCUUCACAACAAAUGUGUCUGCCAGGUUUUGGUUGGUAGACUGUCGGCAGAUACAGGAAUCUGUUACUUUUGCCUCCCAAGUGUACAGAGAGAUUAUCUGUGUGCCCUACAUGGCCAAAUUUGUUGUGUUUGCCAAAUCACAUGAUCCCAUAGAAGCUCGAUUAAGGUGCUUCUGCAUGACAGAUGACAAGGUGGAUAAAACGCUAGAACAACAAGAAAACUUUGCAGAAGUUGCCAGAAGCAGGGAUGUAGAGGUAUUAGAAGGAAAGCCUAUCUACGUUGACUGCUUUGGCAAUCUGGUGCCACUAACAAAAAGUGGGCAACAUCAUAUAUUCAGUUUUUAUGCCUUCAAAGAAAAUAGACUUCCACUAUUCGUCAAGGUACGAGACUCCACUCAAGAGCCUUGUGGGCGACUAUCAUUUAUGAAGGAGCCAAAAUCUACAAGAGGGCUAGUCCAUCAAGCCAUCUGCAACUUAAAUAUCACAUUGCCGCUUUACACAAAGGAAUCGGAAUCAGACCAAGAGCAGGAAGAAGAGGUUGACGUGACCUCAGAAAAAAAUGAUGACGAGACAGAAUCUACAGAAACAUCUAUCCUGAAAAGCCACCUGGUUAAUGAAGUCCCAGUAUUAGCCAGUCCAGACUUGCUAUCUGAAGUUUCUGAGAUGAAACAAGAUUUGAUCAAAAUGACUGCCAUCUUGACAACUGACCCUUCUGAUCAGUCAGGUUCCAUUAAGGUGAAAGAUCUUGGGAAAGCCACUGAAGAAGAGCCAGGAGAGCCUUUUGAAAUUGUGGAAAGUGUGAAAGAGGACUUAGAGAAAGUAAAUGAAAUUCUCAGACAUGGAACCUACACAAGAGACGACCAUAUACUGCCAAGGUCCCAUUCUGGAGGAGAGUUAGUGGAAGAGGAAUGGGUUAUUGUCAGUGAUGAAGAAAUUGAAGAGGCCAGACAAAAUGCUCCUUUAGAAGCCAUUGAACCUGCCUGCAUAGAACUUAGGAUAGGAAAAGGAACAACAGAGAUAAGAAAGACAGACAUGGCAGGAAUGGUAGACUAUCUUACCGAGGAUUUAAAAACCUAUGUAUCUCUUCAUAAGGUGGAGCCACAAAUAUUCCAAGAAGAUUUAGUAGGAGAGAGAUUUGAAGCUGUUGUUAUAAGCAGGGGUUCUGAAAAAGGAGGGCAGGGCUCUCCAACAGCUGAAACUCAAGGUACACAGGAACAACGCAAACCAGCCCUGGAAAUUAAAAAACCAAUUAGGAGGAAACUAAAAGAUAAACAAAGGCAAAAGGAAGGAGAGGGAGAGACACAAGAACCAUCAGGACUAACAAAGUUCAGUUCUGAGGAGUCAUUAGAUGAUGAGCCAGGUUUAACACCUGCAGCUGUUCCUAAUGUUAGCGCAGUAUCCCCUGUAAUAGAAGAAACGCCCAUUGGCUCCAUAAAAGACAAAGUAAAAGCUCUUCAGAAGCGAGUGGAAGAUGAACAGAAAGUACGUUCAAAACUGCCUGUCAGAAUCCAACCAAAAGAAAUCACUACUGAGAGGGCUGUUACAAGGCCAGUGCAAGCUAAAAAAAUAGUGCACAAAGCACAGCCACCUGUUUCACCCUCAGCUAAAACAGAAAGACUUGAAGAGACUAUGUCAGUCCGGGAGCUGAUGAAAGCCUUCCAGUCAGGGCAAGAUCCAUCCAAGAAUAAAUCUGGACUCUUUGAGCACAAAGCUAUCAAACAAAAGCAACAGCUCUCUGACAAAGAACCAACUCAGAGAGAAGCAGUUUAUUUAGAACGCGAAACAGAACAGGUACCAACACCUAGGAGAACAAACAAAAAAGAUAGCCUGCCAGCCAAACAAACCAAAGUCCUUAAGAUAGAUAAAGAUUCCCCAUCAAAAAAAGGACCAAAAGUUUCUUUUGAUUACGCUAAAGAGGAACCUGUAGAUAGAGGCCAGGUAAAAGAACAGAGCUCUAAAAGAACUGAACCUUUCUCUCCAGUAUUUGAUGAAGAAAUUUCCAAGGAGGCAGCAAUUGUGAAGGAAAGUACAGUUGAUGAUGACCAAGGAGACACUGACUUCCAGAUCAGCCCGGAUAGAAAAACCUCAACUGACUUUUCUGAUGUCAUUAAAGAAGAGCUUGAGAAUAAUGACAAGUACCAGCAGUUCCGACACCUUUCAAUCACUGAGGAGGGAGAGCUUCACUUAGAGCAAGUACUGACCAGUCCUUUCAGUGUUACCUUCCCAUCAGAGUAUGUGAAAGAUGGCUUCCUACCUGCUCUCUCCUUGCAAAGUGGUGCUUUUGAUGGUAGCUCAGAAAGCCUUAAACAUGAAGGUGUAGCAGAUUCUCCUGGUAGCCUACUUGAUGGAACCCCUCAGAUCAGCUCUGAGGAAAGUUAUAAGCAUGAGGGUCUGGCAGAGACUCCAGAAACAAGCCCUGAAAGUCUGUCUUUCUCACCAAAGAAAACUGAGGAAAUUGGAGAAACAAAAGAAUCCACUACAGUGCAUAGAGCAGCAGAGACAUGUUCGCCAAAGGAACUCUCUCCAAUGAAAGGUGAAAGAGGUAUUGCUGCAGAACAGCUAACUGCAGAUACUGAAGCUAUCAAAUCUCAUUCUGAUCAUUUAUCAGAACAGGUACCUUCAGGCCCUGAGAAAGGGGCAGGCAAACUUACAGAUAGUAGCUCAGCUUCGAGUAUGAAAGAUGUUAGCAGUGCAAAAGAAUCCAAAAGCAUUGAACACACACAUGUAACUAAAUCUUCUGAAAUGAAAGACAGCUGUUUAGAGAAAGAUAUGACUGGUGAACAUCAUGUUGUUAUUAGAAGUCCCCAAGGAUUGGAACUUUCCCUUCCUAGUCAUCACAGUGAAAGCUUUAGUCCAGUGGCAGAUGAAUCCCUGGCUAUAAGUCAUAAAGACUCAUUGGAAGCAAGCCCAGUGCUGGAAGAUAACUCAUCACACAAAACACCCGAUUCCCUGGAGCCUAGCCCUAUGAAAGAGUCGCCAUGCCGUGAUUCGCUUGAAAGUAGCCCUGUAGAACAAAAAGCAAAGGCUGGCAUUCUUACGGGACAGGUUCCCCUUCAGUCUUUCCCUACCAGAGCAGAAAUGUUCCCAGAGUUGGCAUCUGUGCGUUCCAGAAUUCUCCGCGACCCUGAUGGAAGUGCUGAAGAUGACAGUUUAGAACAAACAUCCCUCAUGGAGAGUUCUGGGAAAAGUCCUCUUUCACCUGACACUCCUAGCUCUGAAGAAAUUAGCUAUGAAAUUACACCCAAAACUGCAGACUCGCAGGCACUGUCAAAUAUAUCUAAGUCAGCCACAAUCCCUGAAGUCAGUGAAGAACCAGAGGAUGAUUCAGAAAGUGAACCAAAGAAGAGGCUCACUCCGGAAGAGGAGAUGUUUAAAAUGGUGACCAAAAUCAAAAUGUUUGAUGAAUUGGAACAAGAAGCAAAACAGAAAAGAGAGUACAUAAAGGAUAAAAAGCAAGAGGAAUAUUCUUCAAUUCCUGAUUCGGGUGUUACAUGUGAAAAUGAAGUAUCAGAGCCAACAGCCAUUGAAGAAAAACAUAUACCUACAGUAGUGAUGUCUUCUGCGGACACUAGAAAAAGUUCUUCUUCUUCUGAAAGUGAGCCAGAAUUGACUCAGCUGAAAAAAGAAGCUGACUCAGGCCUCUUAAUGGAACCUGUAAUUCGAGUGCAACCUCCUUCACCACAUCUAUCUGGUGUAGACUCCAGUUCCAGCCCUGAAGAAGCAGGAUUUCAACCUAUUGACCCCAAACAACAUGUUUUCAGGAUGGAGUAUAAAUCAGAAUCAGAUAAGCCAACAAAGGGAGACAAAGAGGAACCAUCUGAGUUUGGUGAUAGCUGUAAAGCUUCUACUACUGAAGAAUCAAACAUUUUUCACUCUGAUGCUGGUAUCAUAGCAGAAACUGAUGAAUCAAAGUGUUGUUAUAGUACAGAUGAAAGUGAAACAAUUAGCCCUAAUGGCCCAGUGACCAGACUUGAUGGUGCUUUCUAUCAUGCAGUUGGUGACGAUGCUCAAAAAGAAGUUGGGGUUCAUCAGCUGUCCCCAGCACUACAGCAACACCAUGCUUCUCAGGAACAGACUGAUGCCGCUGGAAAGUUAACACAUGAAGACCUCAGUGCUUCAGGGGAUGUGUCUGGGAAAGGAUAUGGUCCCUUUGGACAUGAUACUUCUCAUAGUCCUGCAUCACAAGACGAUGCAUUGGCUGAAGAUGUUUCCCCUGCAUGCUCUACUUUGGGAAGUGGUUUGACAAAAUCGGGCAAAGAUUUUGAGACAUGCCAAAGUGUUUCUUACAGUGAGGAGCCUUCCACAGAAUAUUCAUCGCUUACCACUAAAAAGGAUGAAUUUGAAGGCUAUGCAGCAGAUACUGAUGAAAGUGGUGCUCCACGUAUAACAAGCCCAUAUGAAAAUGUCCCUUCUGAACAUUUUUUCACUAUCUGUGAAAGUAGGAUAGAAACUGAUACAAGGCAGAUGACAAGUCCAUCAUCCAGAGAUGCUCAUUCUGUUGAAGUAGAAACAACCAUUGAGGAAACAUUAGUGGCAGGUUCCCUUAGCAGACCUGCUCCUUCAGGUGAAGAUCAAACUUCAGAAGAGGUGUAUAUGGAAAUAGAGUCAAAACAGAAAAUAUCAACUUCAGUGCCUUCAACAGCAGACCCCAUAGCAUUAGAUCAAACUGCCCUUCAGUAUAUAAAAGAUGAAGCUGAAAAACUGAUCAGCCAAGUGGUCAUCACUAAAACAGAUGUGGAUUCUGACAGGUGGAGUGAAAUACGUGAAGACGAUGAAGCUUUUGAGGCUCGGGUGAAAGAGGAGGAGCAAAAGAUUUUUGGUUUAAUGGUGGACAGGCGGUCACAGGGUACAACGCCUGAUACCACACCAGCCAGGACACCCACAGAAGAAGGGACACCAACUAGUGAACAAAACCCUUUUCUCUUCCAGGAAGGAAAGUUGUUUGAAAUGACUCGAAGUGGAGCCAUUGACAUGACCAAAAGAAACUAUGCAGAUGAAAGUUUUCACUUUUUCCAAGUGGGGCAGCAGUCUCAAGAAGAAGUUUCUUUAUCUGAAGAAAUGAAAGAGGCCGCAGAGAUGGAAUCUCCUAAACUAGAGAGAUCACCAGAUCCAUUUACACCUUCAGAAUCAGAUGAAAUUGAUAUACAGGAAAAAGAUGCACUUACAAUAGCAUCACCAGUAUCUGAGCCUCCUGAUAAAUCAGAGGAAAUGACUAGCACAGGUGUCAGUGUGGGCACUACAAAAGCUGAACUUAAAUCUAGAAUUCCCAUUAAAAUGGGUAUUUCAGUUUCUUCAAAAUCACCAAAGAAAGAGACUGCUGCCUCUGAAGCUUCUGAAGUAGAUCCCUUCUCCAAAGUGGAAACUGAUGAUGAAUUUGACAGCAGUCAGGUGCCUUGCCCUAUCUCUCCAGAGCAGUCUGUGAUAGAUGUACAGUUAGAUUUUUCUACAGUCACUAGGUCUGUGUAUUCUGAACAGGAUGAUGAGUCCCCAGACUCUUCACCAGAGGAACAGAGAUCCGUGAUUGAAAUCCCUACUGCUGUCCUGGAGAGCAGUGUGCCUUCUUCUGAAAGCAAAUCCAAAAUUCCUGUCAGAACAACUCCUGCUGCACCACAGUCAUUGCAACAAUCAGAAUAUGAGAUCCUGCCCUCAGAUGGCUUUCUGGACAGCUUGCAAGACGAAAUAAAAGAUGACCAAACAAAACCAAAGUCUAAAAUUCCUGUUAAAGCAGCUUUCCAAAGAGCCGAGCAACAGUGUGCAUACACAGAAACAUCUGUCCAGAAGCCAGAGUCACCCAAAGCUCUUGAUACGACAUGCAAACUACCUAUGAAACAAGAUAAUCGAAGCAAAUCUGAAUCUGAUGCAAGUAUUCCCAUGAAUCCAAAGACUAGGCAUUCAAUAAAAGCUAGGAGUUAUGCUGAGGUGGAAGCAGAGACUAGAGAGAGGGUGGAUGAGAUGAAGGUUGAGCUAGAAUCAGAUGAUGUGACAACAGCAAGAUCAAAGAUAUUUUCAUCAAGACUGCCAGUUAAAAGCAGAAGCACCACAGCUUCCCACAGUACUGUUAGUCCCACAAAAGAACAUAAGGACUACUUUUUUGACCUUUACAAAAACUCCAUAGAGUUCUUUGAAGAGAUUAGUGAUGAAGCUUCCAAGUUAGUGGAUAGACUUACCCAGUCAGAAAGAGAACAAGAAUUAAUUUCAGAUGAUGAAAGUAGUAGUGCCCUAGAAGUUUCUGUUAUUGAAAAUAUGCCAUCCACUGAGACCCAGCAUUCAAUUCCUGAAGACAUCUUUGACACCAGGCCCAUUUGGGACGAGUCCGUUGAGACUCAGAUUGAGCGUAUUCCUGAUGAAAAUGUCCAUGACCGUGCUGAAGAUCAACAGGAUGAUCAAGGAAGAACAGAGGAAAGACUGGCACACAUUGCUGAUCAUCUUGGAUUCAGCUGGACAGAAUUAGCAAGAGAACUGGAUUUCACAGAAGAGCAAAUUCACCAGAUCCGAAUUGAAAAUCCAAAUUCACUGCAAGACCAGAGCCAUGCACUUCUGAAAUACUGGCUUGAAAGGGAUGGGAAACAUGCUACAGAUAAAAGUCUUACCCAGUGUCUAACAAAAAUCAACCGAAUGGAUAUUGUUCAUCUAAUGGAGACCAGCCACAUGGACUCUGUGCAGGGCCAUGGCGCUCGCACCUAUGCAGAAAUUGAACAAACGAUAGGACUGGAUCAUAGUGAAGGAUUUUCUGCAUUGCAGGAGGAACUGUACAGUCCAAGACACAAGAAGGAAGAGGAGCAUUAUAAAGAGAGUGAGCCAUUUGAUCACCCUCCCAUUGUCUCCGAGGAAGACACUUCUGUCAGUUACUCUUCCUUUCAGGAGGGCACUCCCAGGACUGAGACAGACAUAUCAGUUUCAGAGCUCCUGCGACAAGCACACAAAGAGCGAGUGCAAGCUGAGUUCUCCGGGAAACCACAGGAUCUGCCAGAAGAUUCAUCAGCUGCACAACAGGAGUACUUUGUCACAACUCCAGGAACAGAAGAAUCCAUAGCUCCAAAGGCUGAAAAAUCAGCAGGCUUUGCAAAGGAAAAAUCUAAAGGCUUCACCACAGCAUCUGAAGAGCAUGAGAGGCCAUAUCUUCAGACGCCAUUGUCCAGUGAGCGAGGUGACUCUCCCAUUGCACAAGAACACGAGGACCUCCAGCUCUCCCAAGAAGAACUUUCCCCCAGGAGAACUAGUCUGAUUAUAGUGGAAUCAACUGAUGAACAGCCAGCAAAGUUUGAAAGACAUUAUGAUGAUGAAUCUUUUGAAAAGGAGCUAGCGGAGGAAUUAGGUGAGCUAGAGACCAGCUCAGAUGAAGAAGAGAUGGUAACUACCAGGGUCAUUCGCCGCCGGGUGAUUAUUCAGGCUGAUGAUAUGCCAGAAAUACCACCAGAAACGGUAACAGAGGAGCAGUACACAGAUGAACAUGGCCAUGUGGUGGUGAAGAAGGUCACCAGAAAGAUUAUCAGGCGAUAUAUUUCACCAGAUGGCACAGAAAAAGAGGAAGUCCUAAUGCACGGACCACCACAAGAACCUGUUAUGGUUGAAGAAGGAGAUGGGUAUUCCAAAGUCGUAAAGCGGGUUGUGCUGAAGAGUGACAUUGAACAGUCUGAGGUGACAUUCUCUGAACCCAGUGUUCUGACGGGUGCCUCAGAAUUUCAGGCUGAACCAGUGGAAGGCCGGAAGGUCAGUAAAGUUGUAAAGACCACAAUGGUACAAGGAGAGAGAAUGGAGAAGCACCUGGGUGAUGCUAGUUUAGCCACUGAUCUUCCAUCAGCCAAAGAAGACUUUGAAGAGGCUUUGAGUUUUACAUGUAACCAAAUGAAAGUCCAACUCCCCACUUUAGUAGAGAAAGAGAUCAUGAAAGAGGAUGGAUCAAUUAUUAAAAGGACAAUAAUGAAUAAAUCCAGCUCACAGAAGAGGACUGUGGUGAAGGACCAGUAUGGAAAACAUAUUCUUGUGGAACAGCUGGAGAAUAGACCAGAAGCACGGGAUGAUCUCCAGCAUGACCUCCAGCAACUUCUUAGACAUUUCUGCAAAGAGGACCGGAAGCAAGAGGCCAAAUGAGAAGCUGCCACAUCUCACUACCCCCACCACCUAUCCAAUAUGCAGCAUUCACUCUCAUCUAUAGAGAUAAACUUCAUAAUUUACGUAAUCUCUGGAAGUCACUGACAUUUCUUCUUCAGGCACCUACAAUGAAUUCAAUUUUCCUUUCUUUUCUUUUUGUACCUGUAAGCUAAUUUGUGACCAAAGAUAGCAUCCUUCAUUCAGGAUGGUUUAUCCACUAAGUCAUCACCUUUGUGCUGUACUAGGAACUUGUGAACUUUGCCACAUUGCUGUUCCUUUGCUUCUGCACUAGCUCCAAUCUCAUCCACAGGCCUCUUAUGUACAUGUAUCAUAAAAAAAGGCUAUUAACGUGUAAACUGUACAUAGCUAAAGUGCUUGGACUUAAAGACCUCAAAAAAACCCACUGCCCAUUAUGACUACUUUUAGCAUUGUGGAUUACAAGGUCUAUUGAAACUGCUGAACAGCAAGUAACAACAAAUAUUGCUAACACAAUCGACUAAAGAUACUCUGGGGAGGAAGCACUGCAGACCUUCUGUAUCCAUAGGACUUCCAGUUUAGUGAUCUCUUAGGAAAAGGCUCUAAGAGUCAGUCUGAUAACCUUGAAACACAGCUGUUCCCAUGACAUUAUAGCUGACUGUGGCUAUCAAUACUACUAAGAUUCUUGGACAGCCACUUAAAGAAGGAAAAAAUACCCAAUUAGGUAACCAACUUGCUAGCAGCUAUAUCUAUGGCACAUUUGCAUCUGGUAUUGAAAUCUUUUAGAUCUGGACAUGUGGCAGGGUGUAUUAAACAGCUAUAACUACAGUAGUUUCCUGUUUUCAUCACUGCUUUAGCAAACCACAUUGUCUUAUUGGUGGUACUUCCUGCUGGCCACUGCACUGUAGAUAAUUCUAUGGGAGAAAAGACUUACCUGCUAUACAAAAAAAAAAAAGCUUAGACUAAUUCAUCACGUUUUAUCAAGAUUGCCUCUUAUCGGAUACAUGCAUGUGGCAUUUAAAAAUCAAAUCCUCUUGUAAUCAUGUCAGAGGCUUGUUAACCCUCUUAGCACUGAGCGAGCAGUUUUUAUCUUCCAAUUAACUGUUUUGGUUUUUUUUAAAGUCACUGACUAGGGCAUAAAAAUGCUUGAAACAUUCAAUUUUGUUAAUAUUUGAUUUAUAUUUCUAAACUAACCCUCUGAGAAUUGUAACAGCAUCCCUGCACUUUUAUUUGAAAGAAGGGAAUAUAGAUCUGAAAUAUUUUUUGUCCUAUACUUUAUUCUACUAGUGGUUGGAUCGCUGUAGCAUUUUAACAUAUAUAAUAUAGAUACACACAUACAUAUAAAUGUACAUUUUGAAUCAGUUAUUUGAUAAAGAAAAAGUAUAUUCAGAGAAGAUGAAAAUGAGUCAAGUCCUCCUCGGGUUGAUAUUUUUCCAAACGUAUCUGGCCUUUUACUCUUGUAAAAAAAUGACUCACUCAGUGCUCAGAACAUUAAAAAAAAAAUACCACCCACCCAUCAAACAAUGGUACUUCCUCAUUAGAGAGAAAACAUCUUGGGAGAUUUGGCUUCCUGCAAGCAAAGCAACCCAAGGCACCGUGCUAAUGUUUUUUUGGCAGUCAGAUGGGAAACAAGCAUUGUUGGUAGCCAAAAUAAAAGAAACCCAGGAUGAAACAUUUCAAGACACACCAUGGCUUUCUAAUUGUCAAGGACAGCACUGGAUGACCUUCAAGAACAGGGCUGUAAAGAAAUGCAUUUCUGUUGUGUUAUUUGCGGUGCAGAUGAUGUUCUGUGUAACAACAUAAUGGUUAUUCACCUUUUGAUUUUUUGCUGUGUUAUCAAAGAACUUGAAUACUGUGCGAAGAAGUGAUUUUUAAGUUGAUGAAUCAGCAUCUUGUUCCCAUGGUGAUAACACUAACUGAAUAUAUCUAUGAGGGCAUGUAUUAGUUAAAUAAACCUACAGCACUAACAAUACAUAGCUGCAAUGUGUACAAUGGCUGAUUUAAUUAAAUAAAAUGUACAAGUGUUAAAUGUA